AUGGAUCCAGCCGCCGACGACGACGCCAUGGCCCAGAUGCUGGGCUUCUCGACCUUUGGCGCCCAAGACCAUCUACAAAAGAAGCGCAGGUACAACCCUCUCGCCGACGCUGCUACGGACGCGGCGCCGCUGCAUGGGACCCGACAGCACCCAAAUUCUGCUCCUCUGAGCGCUGCGAAUCGAUUGGAAGUAAAUGUCAACGAGAUUCCCCUCGGCGACCCGAGCCACGUCGGCGAUGCCGGCAGUGAUGCUCCCUCCUCGACCCGGGAGGCCGACUCCUCGAGCAAAGCCGCUCGCCCUGCCGGUUUGCCUGAGCGUCCGGCCCCAGGAACUGGCUUCGUCGGAUCCCCUCCCAGCCCAUCGGGAGAUCAGGGCCAGCUACAGCACCACCAUCGCCACAAUCACCGCCACAACCAUCGCCAGCGCCAUCACCACGACGAUGCGUCCGGCGAGCACUGGUACGAAGGCUACUACGACCCAUCGUCAAACGAAAAUCCCUGGGAGCGCCUCGAGAAGGCGAGAGGUGUGCACCCCAGAGGCACCUGGCUCCCUGCGCAAAGACAGCCGGCAUCGGCUGUCGCCGCGACAUGA